UCACUGUCGGACUGAGCCGGCGGAUGGAGCAGAGGGACGGCAAACUUAAAAACGGUCAAAGCCGGACAAAAUGUAAGCUUCAACAAGUGCACUCUGGACGACUACAGAUAAUUUUUAAUACUUUAAUAUCUGUCUUUGUCUCUGUAUCAGUUAUAAAUCCUUUUUUUUUUUUUUUUUUUUUUUCGAGCGCCGGCGUUCACAUUUUUUUUUCUUUUGCUCCGGAUGAAUGUUUGAUGGAUCUCUGGCUCUGUAACCGUUGGGAUGAAAGAAACAAAGAGGAUGGAUGCAGCCGGAGAACGCACCAACUGUUAGCGUUACGGUGUUUUUUUCUUAAUUUUUCAUCCAUCUUUAACUCCAAAAUUAACGUGUUUAACUCAUUUAAAUAGUUUUUCACCAGCUAAUGUUGACUUUCCGUUUCGGACGCCGCCGCUAACUAGCUUAAAUUUCAAAAAGUCUCAAGCUAACUCGGUUAAAUCCGGACUCUUUCGGCUUCCUCGUGUUGUGGAUUUCGCCUUUUUCCGUCACUCAGACUUCACAGGUUGAGCUCAUCAGGGCAGAGUGAACCUGUCUUGGCUGUUUUUGCUCCAGAAAACUUCACCAAGGUACAUGUCCCUGCCACAGUUUGCAUUUUUUAGAGGGCGACUGACAGUUUAAAUGCGUUUUAAUCAACUUCCUGCUGUCUCUAAAUAUGCUUUUCCCCCCCAAGGAUCUUCCCACAACUGAUAGAUGUGUCUCAUUUGGAGAACUGAGGCUGUGUGCAAAGUGGGAGUUGCGUGGAUAUCAGUACAGCAGCCCUGUGAAUGGAAAAGAUGAUGCUGAUGUUGCAUACUUAAGGUAAACCUCCAGUUUGAAGAUGACCCAAGGGCCAAAUCUCGUCCUGCAAUGGCUGUCCAAGCUCCAUCUGGCCCAGUAUAUGGAGUCAUUCCUAGACAAUGGCUACGAUGACUUGGAAGUUUGCAAACAGAUUGGGCAGCCAGACCUGGAUGCAAUUGGCGUCCGCAGCCAGUAUCACAGACACAGACUGCUCGCAGCGGUGGAUAUACUAAAAGAGCAGGAUAAAAUGAAAUCGCCUGGCUACUAUUUCACCUUAGAGCCUCUGGACACUUCUACCUGUCACCACACUUUACACUCAGGAAGAGUGGAUGACUUCAGGGCUCAGAGGUCACAAACUGUUGGAAAACACGAGCCCUCCUGCCCUGGAAACCAUAACCUGAGGUUCACAGAGUGCAAUGACUUUGUGACUUAUCCCAAACUGAAACUCAAGGUGCUCAUAAGGGAUAAACUUGCAAAAGAUGGCAUCAACCUGGGACAAGCACCUUACACCCACAAGGAUGGCUCGGUGGGGAACCUUGAUGACCUGGCUCAGGAGUACUCACAUUAUUACGGCACCUCCCUCAGCGACGUGUGUGACAGGAUGGAGGAGUUACGGAAACGCAAAGUAGUGCAAGAUUCAGAGAUGUUUCAGGGAAAGGUUGACUCAGUGGCCACAUCACUGCAGCUCCGCUCUCAGAUCCAGGAAUCCCUGGGACUCAGCAGUAUGACAUCAACUCCAGAGACCGAGAGAAGGUUUCCUGUGCACAAAUCCAGCUCGGAUGAUGGAUCAGGAGGAAAAUGGGAUGGAAAGAGAAAAAGCAAGUCUUUUUGGCAGAGUUUCCGAAAGUCACAGAAGGGAGUGAUGCGUCAGAUUUCUAAAGGUGAUGAUGUUGGUUUUGUGGCCAGUGAGAUUACCAUGAGUGACGAGGAGCGAAUUCAGCUGAUGAUGAUGGUGAAGGAGAAUAUGAUCUCUAUAGAGGAAGCCCUGGCACGGCUGAAGGAGUUUGAAGUACAAAACAGACAAACAUGCAAGCCCGAUCUCACGGAGUGGACCGAUCCCUGCGGUCCCAACACAAACGAGUCGCUCAGCUGCAACCCCUGUGACCUGUCAGACAACGAACAGGAGGAAUCUGUGACGUUCAGGAGGCUCCAUAAACUGGUCAACUCGACUCGGAAAGUAAAGAAGAAGCUGAUCAGAAUUGACGAGUCCAAGAGGCCUGGAGCAGAGGAGAGCCUGAAUGUAGAUCUUCCCUGCGGAGAUGCCAGCCUCUCUCUGUAUUCAGGUGUGCAGAGGAAGCCUGCAGUUUGUCCCGUGGACUCGCUGGCGUCAGCUCUGCAGGAACAACUCGCCUACGACAGGGACUCUGACAGCCUGACCACCUCCCCCUCCUCCAGCAGCCUGGACACCUGCAGCAGCCAGAAGAUCUUCCAGGCCUUCAGCAAGUCUAGCGGGAGUCCCGGCCACCAGCAGACCGGCAUAGCAGCAGCAAAUGUGAGGGAGGCAGCUGAAGAAAGCGGCUCUUCCUUUUCUGAAAUGGAGGGCUGCAACGAGGAGGAAACCAAAAUUGCUCGCUCGGUGACCGACGGGGAGCUUCGCAACCGGGUUCUCAACCCACUCAGCCACCAUGGGAGAGCUUGUAGCUUUGGGGGAUUUGACCUGACCAGCCGCUCAGGGCACGCUGUCAUCUCUGACAAUGAUAACACUAGCAAAGAUGGAGAAGGUGGUGUGAGAGACGGUGUCAAGUCUCCGCCGAUGUCCCGUAUUUCACUGGGCAAAAAAGUCAAGUCUGUGAGAGAGACGAUGAGAAAACACAUAUCCAAGAGAUACCACUGUUCUCUCUCUGAACAGUCAAGCCCAGACCGUAUAUCCAGCUGCCCUCACUCGCCUCAGACAGACUCUGACUCCUUGGAGAAACCCAAACUGAAGCCAGGAGGCUCUGUGGAAAGCCUGAGGAGCUCCCUCAGCGGACAAAGUUCCAUGAGUGGUCAGACGGUGGGCACCACUGACUCCUCCAACAGCAACAGAGAGAGUGUGAAGUCAGAGGAUGGAGAGGAAGAUGAGCUGCCUUACCGCGGACCCUUCUGUGGACGAGCUCUGGUUCAUACCGACUUCACCCCGAGUCCCUACGACACCGACUCCCUCAAACUGAAGAGCGGAGACGUCAUCGACAUCAUCAGUAAGCCUCCAAUGGGAACGUGGAUGGGGAUGCUCAACGGCAAAGUCGGCACCUUCAAGUUCAUUUAUGUGGAUGUUCUGAAUGAAGAGGAGGUGAAGCCCAAGAAGACACGCAGGAGGAGGAAGGCCCGGCAACCCAAACCCACCUCUGUGGAGGAACUGCUCGAUCGCAUCAACCUCAAAGAGCAUCUUCCCACCUUCCUUUUCAAUGGCUACGAGGAUCUGGACACGUUCAAGUUGCUCGAGGAGGAGGACCUGGACGAGCUGAACAUCAGAGACCCUCAGCACAGAGCCGUGUUGCUGACUGCUGUGGAGCUACUGCAGGAGUAUGACGGAAGCAGCGACCCCGAGCGCAACAGUCCGUCUGGAGGCUCGCAGGAGAAGCUGCUGCUGGACAGACGUGGCCUCUUGGGAGAUUCCCCCCGAGACUCGGGCUGCUACGAGAGCAACGAGAACCUGGAGAAUGGAAGGGCCAAAAAGACACCAUCAGCCAUGAGCAGGUCCUCAUCUGGCUUUGAGUCCAGCCACCUCCCGUCCCCAGAAUUCCCCGUCUUCCCAGUGUCCUUGACCUCUACCUGCCCCAGUAAGACUUUCCUCCAGAGUAAACCCAAGUACCUGCCAUGUGUCCUACUGUCACGUAGACCCCUUAAGAACAGCUUAAGACUAUUAAGCUCAGCAAAAGGUCCUAUUCCCAGGAGUCAAAGCUGUGUGGAGCUAAGAAGAAGCACAGCACCGAGUUUGAUGCGGCGCUGCUUCUCCCUGAAGGCCCUCUUCCUCCAGACGAGCAAACUCCUCAACCCUAAAGACUGGAAACAAACCCCGGAGACUGAGGAGAGCACACAGCACAUGGAAAGUCCUCAAAAACUGAAAUUUACUGCCCAGUUUCCAUCCUCCCAGAUACCAUGCAAUGCUGUGUUCAGCACUUCAAAUACAGACAAAAGCAAAGUGUUUGAAACAGCGCAGAGCACAAACCUCGAGCCGCCACCCUCAGUCCAGGCAGAAAGGUCUAAUCAUCACGUAGCGACACCUUCCUCACCAAACCCACACCGAGAGCUCUCUCAAACAGAAACUACCCACAGGCACCACUGCACAGAUCACAUCUCUUCAGAGGCUAAGAAGAGUCGCUCAGUUUCAGCCACUGCUGAAGCCCGCCGGCUGAAAAUGAAAAGAAAUACAAAGACAUCCAUCAACUCGGUAAAUCUGGAGCCUCAUGUGGAAGAAAGACUCCAGUUACAGAGCCACGAUCUGAAACUGGAGCCAGUUUCUGUCAGGGUGGCGGCUUCAGAAGUAAACUGAGGUGUCACUUUACAGCUGUUAGUUGUUUUGUUUAUCAGGAUGUUUGAAAUGCUGUUUUUUUUCUUUCAAAUAACCAAUUAUUUCUCAAAAUGUAACAGUGGGUUAGACAGAUUGUAGUGUUACAUAAAUGUUUCUAUUACAGAUGAAACAGCAGUUUUAAAUCAUGUUUAUGUACUGACCUUUCUACUGACACCUUAGUUCUUGUCUCAGAGUUCUACCUUCAGCUGAAUCAAUGCUGUACAUUAGCAUUUCUCUGCCUACAGUUAGACAAGUGAGUGUUCCUUUCAUCAAAACAAAACCUCCAUUAAUAAAUUACUCAUUGCUGGAUUCA